UUACAGCUCGAGAUUUUGCGCAUAGUGCAGCUUGCUCAAGCACCUUCGGGAACAAGAUGUCGAACCAGGUUUCAACCAGUCGAGGAUCAUCUGAGCAGCGUUUCACUUUCAUUGUCCAAUCGAGCCAUACAGGGCAAGUCGAUGCAGAAACACGAAGACAAGUUCACAGCCAUGCCCAGGCGAACUAUCGUCGCCGAAUCUCGAAUCGCCGAGGUCAAAAUGUUGCGGAACUCGAUGUGACCCCUUUACUUGAGAGGCCCAUGCGUUUGCAUACCGACAAUCCCACGGUUUGUUCUGGACCGCUGACCAUCCUCGAUGCAAGCCGGUCGGAUCCCUUUGAGGCUUUCCCCUUGCCAGGUGGUCAGCGGGCUCACCGUCUUUGGGACCAUGUGUACGACGGAACUUGUGCCAAGUUCCGUGUCUUGAUUGCCAUUGGUUUCAUCGACCUAGUCCGUCAGAGCAUUGCGCUUUCUCAAAUGCUUUCUGCGUCCGCAUGGCAUCUGGUCCACUUCCUGCGCAGUGAAAACGAUACAGGAGACGAUGCGAAAUACUCGUUGAUUUCAACUCGAGCACUGCAGCAGCGACUGGCUGAUAUUGUCACUGGUACGACCGAUGAAGUUAUCACUGCGGUGCUAGCAGCUGCUGCGUAUGCGAACCUGACAAAACUUCCGCAUCUGUUUCAAACUCAUGUGGAAGGCCUGUCACAAAUAAUUCGGCAUAGAGGCGGAGAGAAUACCUUGGAUACGUGUCCUGCUCUCAGGCUGGCUAUGUUUUGGAUCGAAGUUAACGGACGGUCCCGACAAGAUGCCGUCCCACUGUAUCGACCACCGUAUCAGCUUCUUGCCACACGUUGCCGACUCACCUUACCUGCAGCAGGUCUACCCGAGCUGUCAUCUGAUGAGGUUGUCGAAGACGUCGGAGGCAGCGUGCCCGUAAGGUAUAUAUGUCAACGACUCCGGCAACUCAACGAGGUAAUCGGAGAAGAGUCCUCAACAAGGGACUUCUGGCUCGAUCCCUUGUUUCCAGUCUUCCAGAUCCAUCCGGUCCUGUACGAAUGCUUGUGCUUUCCUCGAGCCUCGAUAUACGAUGAUGUCCAGCUCAGACGAAGGGAAUGCUUUCGACUUGCCGCGAUCCUGUACAUUUGCAAUCUUCGAGCCAAGUUUGACCCGGAGCCCGGGCAGGGGAUGCUUUAUGGGACCAAACUCCAGGCAAUGCUAAGCUCACUGGAAACGUUUUCCUUGUGGCCAAGGUCGAAUACUGUCCUCCUCUGGACGCUGACUGUUGCGUCCUGCUCCGCAACAUUGUUCGACGACCUGCGGGAGCAGUUCGUUGCUUUGCUCGCAUUCACUACCCGAGCUCUUGGGAUACGGACAUUUGGGGGUUUCCACGCCAGGGUUCAUGGACUCACAUGGUCUGAUGCUGCAUUCGGACCAGAAUUGUAUGCUUUGCGGGACCGGCUGGAGCUCGAUCAGUAG